AUGACUCAACAGAGGAUCCUGCCGGGGCCCCAGACAGUACACGAAGCGACGCAAUAUCAGUUAACGUGGCCAGCAUUUUUGGCGGGGAAAAAUCCCCAAAGGAGUUGGAGCCGUUCUGCAUUGUUUUGUAGGAAAAGUAAAACGACAAUUUCAUGUAAAUUAAAGUUAAGAGAAAUAGUUACAACAAUUCCAACCAUUGGUUUUAAUGUUGAAACAGUUAAAUAUAAAAAUAUUAGUUUUACCGUAUGGGAUGUUGGCGGACAACUGUCGUUAUUUUUUGCUAAAAUCUUUUAUGUUCUCUCCUACCGACAUUUUUGUUUCAUUCGUUUUUAUUUAGACCUGAUAUUUGUUGUUGAUAGUAACGAUCGUGAACGAGUUGGUGAAGCACAUGAUGAACUUCAACGUAUGAUAGCUGAAGAUGAACUAAGAGAAGCUCUUUUAUUAAUAUUUGCAAAUAAACAAGUAUGUAUAGGAUCGCCCCUAUGA